UCCCAUGUCGUCAUUCAUGUCCUAAACAAAACGAAAUUUUGUUUGCAGAUGAUUCAUGAUUGGUUAUAAAAAUAAAUAAAAAAAUUCAAAUGUAGAAAGAAAGGAAAAAGAGAUUCUGAGAGGAUAAAAACAUAUUCUGAAGCAUCAAAAGCAUCUCCCUUCUUUUUAGGGUGUCACCCAACCCCACCAAUAUUCAAAAUUCGCAAUCCAAAACCUCACUCUCAGUCUCAGAUGAAGCGUAUAGUCAGAAUUUCAUUCACCGACGCAGAAGCCACCGAUUCUUCUAGCAGCGAAGAAGAGGCGGAGCAGCUUUCUGAAGCAUCCCAGGCUCGCCGCCGUGGGAAACGCCUCGUCAAAGAGAUCGUAAUCGACUCUUCCGAUUCCGACAACAGAUUAGAUGUCUGCAAGACGCGGUUCAAGAUCAGGAUUCCGCCGGAGUUUCUCAAGGCGGCGACGGCGGAGAAGAAGAAUAAGAAGAAGUUCCGUGGAGUGAGGCAGAGGCCGUGGGGGAAAUGGGCGGCUGAGAUCAGGUGCGGUCGAGCUCUCAAGGGGCGACGUGAUCGUCUUUGGCUGGGAACUUUCGACACCGCCGAAGAAGCCGCUCUCGCUUAUGAUAACGCCGCGGUUCAGCUGAUUGGUCCUCACGCGCCUACCAAUUUCAGUUUCCCGGCGGAGAAUCAAGAGGUCAAGAUGGUGGCCGGAGCAUCCGCUGUUGCUCGUGGCGCGUGAAGCGCGUUGGUUUCGUGUUAAAUGAGUAAGAAGGGUGUAAAUUAAUCUUGUACUUGUUAAAUCUCCUGAUGAUGUUCCUGAUCUCAUCAUGUCCCUUGUCUGAAACUUUGUCGUCACUGUAUAUAUUUGAAGCCCUUGAAAAAGAUA